UGACAAGCGUUAGACGAAAGGGAAAUGACGUAGGGGUGUGGCCAUCGAGAGGGUUCGGGUUGGUCGGUGCUUCAUAAUAUCCGUGAGGAUUUAUAUUUACGGUUGGAAAUGUAGCGCGAUUUAUAUGGGCAAUGGCAGCCGGAGCGGUGUUACGUCCUUUUCUUUCCGGCUUCGCUUCUAAACUGUCGAGGGUUCCGCGGGUCAGCGCGCUCCCGGUCCGCGUCAGGACGGUGCACGUGUGUCCAGUUUUGCGCGCGGGCCACAACAAAUGGUCCAAAGUAAAAGACAUCAAGAUCCCGAAAGAUGCGGCGCGAGCGCGGAUGAUCGCCAAAUACGCCAUGUUGAUCCGGGUGGCAGUAAGAGAAGGAGGACCUAACCCAGAGUAUAACAUCAGUUUGGCUCAGCUUAUAGAGCAGUGCAGAAAUAAAAAUCUCCCCAAAGCCACCAUCGAUGCUGCUAUUAAAGGAGCGGAAAAGGCCAAAGCUGGUACUCAGUACCUGUACGAGGCACGAGGGCCUGGAGGUUCCAUGCUGCUCAUCGAGGUUCUGACAGACAACAACACACGAUCUCACCAGGCUAUCAAACACAUCCUAUUGAAAAAUGGGGGGGCUUUGUGCGAAGGCGCCAGGCAUCAUUUUGACAGAAAAGGUGUCAUUGUGGCAGCCAGAGACCAGGUUUCUACUGAGAAAGCUCUGGAGCUGGCCAUAGAGUCAGGGGCUGAAGAUGUGCACGAAGCCGAGGAUGAGGAGGAAAAGCCGAUUUUACAGUUCAUCUGUGAUAUGAACUCGACGAAAGCAGUGCGGACAGCGCUGGAAGCCCUCGGGGUUCAUACUCUGUCGGCGGGGAUGGAGUACAUCUCUAGCACUGCUGCUGCUCUACCACAGGACCAGCUGGAAUCCAGCGCCAACCUCAUCGAGGCUCUCAACGAAUUCCCGGACGUUGUCAGAGUGUGGGACAACAUUCAGGUGCCGGAGUAAGUACAGGAGGAAGGAACGAGGACACUGAAUAUUUCAUCAGAUGCAAGUGAAGGACUAAUGCUUGACAGGCACAGGAAGAGUCUACAUCUCUUUUCUCAGUAUCUUGAAAAUGUAUGUGUAUUUGUGCGAAUUUAAAAAUUGUUUUCAAAAUAAAGCUAUAUUUAUG